GAACCAACAGUUUACUUGCACUCUUCGCCGCUACCUUUCCACGAGUCGCUUCGAAAGGUGAAAUCAUCGACUGGGCGUCGAUCGAUUUUCGAAAAACUUUUCGUUUCCUAUUGGAAAAGAGAGGUACAGUCUCGCGUAGCACCAGCACCCAAACUCCUCCUCUCGUAUAGUUGAAAUGAUUCGAGAAUUGCUUCUCGUGAGUUUGCUAUAUUUGGGAACCAAGAACAGCAAUGGAAUUCAAAGAUGGGGUUCGCAGUUUGGACGAGCUCCUUUGCUGGAACGAUUUUUCUGGAGAACGUUAGACUUUGCCUAUCCGGAUGAAACUAGCAGAAGAAUCGCGAUGAUGAGGGGAGACUUUGUUCCAGAGAAUGCAUUGCCUGUUGGAAUUGAAAUUUGGAGAAACAAACUCUUUGUCACCGUACCAAGAUGGCGUAACGGAAUUCCGGCUACGUUAAAUUACAUAUCGCUCGACACAAAUCGAGGUGGCUCGCCGAGACUGGCUCCUUAUCCGAAUUGGGCACAAAACAAAGCUGGAGCUUGCGGCACCGCAAUCACGAAUGCUUACAGAAUACACGCAGACGUGUGCGACAGACUUUGGGUGUUGGAUACUGGCACUAUAGGUAUCGGAAACACAACGAUACAAGCCUGCCCUUACACUUUGAAUGUCUUUGACUUGACAACGGACAAAAUUUUGAGACAAUACAGAUUGAAAGCUGAAGAUAUCAAUAUGAAUACUUUUAUUGCCAAUAUCGCGGUGGAUUUGGGAAACGGUGGCUGCAACGAUGCCUUCGCCUACAUGUCGGAUGAGCUCGGCUACGGUUUGAUCGUCUACUCUUGGGAACAAAACAAAUCUUGGCGAGUUACGCACAGCUAUUUCAUGCCGGAUCCUCUGGCUGGCGACUACAAUAUCGGUGGCUUGAAUUUCCAAUGGGGAGAGGAAGGAAUUUUCGGAAUGAGUUUGUCUCCGAUCGCUGUAGAUGGAUUCAGAACCCUCUUUUUCCAUCCGCUUAGCAGCAGGAGAGAGUUUGCGGUUUCCACGAGAAUCCUCAGAGAUGAACAAUUGUCUCAGGAUAGCUAUCACGAAUUUCAGGUGCUCCCUGAAAGAGGGCCGCUUGGCCACUGUACCGCUUCCGUAAUGGACGAAAAUGGACUUCAAUUCUUUAACUUGAUCGAUCAAAACGCGGUAGGCUGUUGGAACUCUUUGGUACCAUACUCACCUCAGAAUCAAGCUGUUGUCGUGAAACACGACGAAGCUAUGAUAUUCCCAGCAGAUGUUAAGGUGAAUCGCGAGUUGCUGUGGAUCAUCUCGGAUCGAAUGCCAGUCUUUCUACUGUCAACAUUGAAUUAUACCGAUGUAAACUUUCGAAUACUAACAGUUCCAGUCCGAGAUGCGAUUGCAGGUACCGUUUGCGAAAAUUCACAAUGGGGUCAAGUCAGUAAUUCGAUUUGGUGGGAGGCAUAAACUUUGUCUCGGAAUUCAACAACUACUGAUAGAUUACUCGUGACAGAGAAUUCACAAUUAAUGCGAACGAAUGAUGUUUAGAACGAAAGAGUUGAAAUCUUUCGAAUGUUCAUUUUGAAAAAUCCCCUUCCGAAAUAAAUCCAUUUUGGUCUCUUUGAACUUUGGUCUCGUCC